GCGAGCAACAGAGCUGAUAGGUUGGGCCCAUACUAUUUGGGCCCCCAAACGUACAAACCCUACUACGCUUCCUUCCGGGCAGCCGCCGCAGAGCGAGCGAGAGAGGUCGUUCGAGCAGAUCGGAAGAGAUGGGUCGCAGCCGCCGUAAUCGGAACAAGCCAAGCCGGAACCCUGCAGUGGCUCCACCACUGGCAGCACCCCCACCAGCAACCGUCCCCGGAGCAGUGGAGCCAGAGCUGCUUGAUGACCAGAAUGACCCGGAGUACGAGCUGUCUUCGGAUCUCAAGGGAGAUGAGCAAACAUUGGCUCUGAACCUUGAGCUGAGAGGUGCCUUCCAUGACUGCAGGGUGUUUGCAAAAGAGCUGGAUCAUGCAAAACGUCUGAUCUCAACAGAAGACCUCAGAGAAUCAUUCAGCAGAAAAUGGAUAAAGAAUGCUGGUGUAGCUUUGGCGUCAUUAAUACAUGAUAUCGAAGAAACAGAACUGAAGAUCAGGAUGAAAGAGGGCAAGCCUAUGCCAAGGCCUUCUGGGAUUCGCGGCUUCAUCGCCCUGGUCAACAGGAUUGUUUGAGGCCUAUAUUUGCUUGUUUAUAUCACCCUGCUACCCUCGAUACAUGUAUGGUUAUAUUAUUGCACUGAUCUGGCUUAAGUCGCCUUUUUUGAACUUGGUUGGUUCAUAUGAUAGAAUAUUGGAUCAAAUAAAUUGGCAUGAGGCAAAUUUGUGUGCUUGUGUUGUUUUGCUGCUGCUGGAUGUAAGCUGUCUUGGGGCUUAAUUCAGCUCAAUAU